AUGUGCUGUAACUUCAAUACCUCUAGGUAUCAUUUUGGCUUCGCUCCUGUUGGGGUUCCAGAGUAUGACCACGGGGUCAACUUCGACAUAGGUCCAUCCACUGACGACAUUGCAACUUGCCUCAUCAUUGAGAGCUGGAUGAAAGACUGUCUCAACCACCACGCCCUCUGUCAGCAGGCAAUCAGAAACACUGCAUUCCGUCCGACACGCCUUCUCGAACUGAGCCCUGAAGGGACAUACCGGCUAAUCAACCGAUCGCAAUGCCCACCUGACCUUGAAUAUGCUGCCUUGAGCUAUUGCUGGGGCACCAAACCUGCCACCGCUCUCCUCAGACUUCUUCGGACAACCUUCGGAUAUCUCAGCCAUGGGGGACCUUUGGAGAGUUUGCCAAGGACUUUCAGCGAGGCUGCGAAAGCAGCACAACGGCUCGGGGUCAUCUAUCUCUGGAUCGACAGACUUUGUAUCUUCCAGGACUCUACCGAGGACUGGCAGCAGGAGGCAGCGUCGAUGAAAGAAGUCUACCAGAAUUGCAAAUUCAGUAUUGCAGCCUUGGGAGCAGAGGACAGUGACGCAGGCUGCUUCUUCGAACGGAAUCCUGCGAAAGUUGCUCCAACCAUUGUUUGUCUCCAGCUUGGUGAGAAUGAAGAACCCACGCGGUUCAGAUACGAGUACGAAGACCGAUGGUCAUGGAAGCAUUCAUUCUACAAAGAGCCCUUGUUAAAGAGGGCAUGGGUUGUCCAGGAACGGCUCCUCGCUCCACGUACGGUGUAUUUUGGAUCCCGGCAGGUCUUCUGGGAAUGUUACGAGGCCAAAUGCGCCGAAACUAACCCUCAGGGCGUGGGAGUUUUCGAUUCCACCCCACCGGCUUCAGGCAAGAAUCCGCUACCUCGGGCUGUCUGUGGCGGGAAAGAACUUCUGGACUUUCCUCGGCGGUUCCUGGCUUCCGAUGACUACGAGCAGCUAUUUGAAGAUUGGCAUUGCCUCGUCACCUUUUACUCGGCACGAAGUCUGACCAUGCCAGCUGACAAGCUGGUGGCUAUAUCUGGGAUGGCUCAGGAUAUGAUGGGGAUGCUGAACAAGCUCAAGCCCGGGCUGCCCCACCGCUACCUCGCGGGACUCUGGGAAGAGAAACUCGUGCAGACGCUCAGCUGGGAAGUCGACUGGGCGGCAGCCAGGGCUCCUCAUUAUCGGGCACCCUCUUGGUCGUGGGCGUGCCUCGAUGCGCAAGUCAAUGGCGAUAGGACUUACAGUGGCGCAGAAGACAUCUGCCUCACAUCUUGCGAGGCUGUGGACAUGGUAUAUCGCACCGAGGAUGAGACAGGACAGGUUCUCUGCGGUGCAAUUACACUUAGUGGGCCCUGUGCUUUGAUCGACAUCGCCAAUGACUUGCCGAGGCGCGGCCAGGGAAGGCGGCAGACGACCGUGAGGUGGAAGGGCGUGCAAGGGCGGGAUGGAUAUGUUGCGUUUGAUGGUGUGGACUACUGGGACAAGUUCGCCGAGGUGAUUUUCGACACCCGCGACGACUUUACGACAGAGGCUCUAUUCAUCUGGCUCACCUUCCAUGGGGGCGACAGCUUAGCUCGUGGUGAAGGCCUGCUUCUUGCACCACUUUCAGAUGGCACGUACCGGCGGAUCGGAAUUGCCCAAAGAUUCUUUGAGGGUGCCCAGAGAGCGUCGCCGUUGAUCGACUGCAUGGAGAAGCAGCGCGUGGUCGUAGCCUGA